UCAGUCACGCGCAUGCGGUACAGUGGUUAGGUACGUAGUAUUAUCGGGAAAAAAUGUUAUUUGUGGUUAUGAAUAUUUAUCAAAUUUAAUACUUUCAAAAGCUGUUUCCUAACUUUAUCAAAUGUUGCAACAAUCUUGUUUGUUUUUUUCGUAAUGUGAUAAAAACAUUUUAUCUAUUAAUUCCAUGACAUUUUGUGUCGUCAUAUGUUGUUCAGUGUAAUUAAAGAAUAUUAUUUAUUCAUUGGAAUAGUGAUAUUAAAAAAUAAGAAUAUAUAAGUGUGAUGAGAAAAGUUUGUGUGCUUGCAGAAAGUGAACGAAUUAACAUUACUUCUAUAUUACAACAUUAAAAUAAAAAAUAUGGCUUUUGCAAUAAGUAAAGUUACUCCUACAUUUAUAAGAUUUAAUUCACGUUCCUGUAACUUAUAUAAAAAUUGUAAAAUUACAAAGAUAUGUGCGUUUAACUUUUCCAUUAAAACUGAUAUUCCCUUAGAGGAAGAAGAAAUUCCAAAAUUAACACCACCUGUAGGAAAAGGAAAAGUUUUUAAUAGCGUAGAUGAAGUUGUAUCUGACAUACAUGAUGGUGCAAAACUUCUGGUUGGUGGUUUUGGACUUUGUGGAAUACCGGAGAAUCUUAUAUCUGCUUUAUUAAAAAGAGGUACAAAACAAUUAACAGUAGUUUCAAAUAAUGCUGGAACGGAAAAUGCUGGAUUAGGUAAAUUAUUAAAAGAGCAAAGAAUUAAAAGAAUGAUAGCUUCAUACAUUGGUGAAAAUUCUGAAUUAGAAAAACAAUAUUUAAGUGGACAAUUAGAAGUUGAAUUGACACCUCAGGGUACAUUAGCAGAACGUGUACGAGCAGGUGGUGCUGGUAUUCCUGCAUUUUAUACACCUACUGCUUUUGGAACUAUAAUACAAGAAGGAAGUGUUGUCAUUAAAUAUAAUAAAGAUGGAAAUGUUGAGAUCUCAGGAGAACCAAGAAAUACUAAUAUGUUUGAUGGAAGAAAUUAUGUUUUAGAAACUGCUAUUAAAGGAGAUUUUGCUCUUGUGAAAGCAUGGAAAGCAGAUCCAGCUGGAAAUUUAAUUUUUCGAAAAUCAGCAAGAAAUUUUAAUCCUGUUAUGUGUAAAGCUGCUAAAAUAGCAAUAGCAGAGGUAGAAGAAAUUGUAGAUAUUGGUCAAUUAGAUCCUGAUCAGAUUCAUUUACCUGGAAUUUUUGUUGAUAGAGUUGUCAAAGGUCCAAGUUAUGAAAAACUUAUUGAAAGACGUUCAACUAAACAAAGUACUAAACCCAAGAAAGUAACACCAGCAAGUAAAGCGAGAGAAAGAAUUAUACGACGUGCUGCUAUUGAAUUUAAGGAUGGAAUGUAUGCUAAUCUGGGUAUUGGUAUUCCAAUGCUUGCAAGUAACUACAUCCCUAAAGGUGUAAAAGUAACAUUACAAUCAGAAAAUGGGAUUCUUGGUCUUGGACCUUUUCCUGAUGAACAGGAAGUCGAUGCUGAUCUCAUAAAUGCUGGAAAAGAAACAGUAACUGUAUUACCUGGAGCUUCAUUUUUCAGUAGCGAUGAUAGUUUUGCUAUGAUUCGCGGAGGUCACAUAAAUUUGACAAUACUUGGUGCAAUGCAAGUAUCUGAAAAUGGAGAUUUAGCAAAUUGGAUGAUACCAGGAACAGUGGUUAAAGGAAUGGGUGGUGCUAUGGAUCUUGUUUCUUCUACAAAUACAAAAGUUGUUGUAACUAUGGAACACAAAUCACGUGAUGGUAGACCUAAAAUUGUUGACAAUUGUACUUUACCUUUAACAGGUCAACGGUGUGUCGAUUUAAUUAUCACUGAUUUGGGUGUUUUUGAAGUUAUUCAAGGAGAAGGCUUAAAGUUAAUUGAAAUUGCUGCUAAUGUAGAUAUAAGUGAGAUAGUUAGUUCAACUGGCUGUGAAUUUUCUGUGGCUGAUGAUCUUAAAGAGAUGCAACAAGUAGAAAUAGAUGAGCAAUAAAUAUAAGAAAUUAUUUUGCAUAAAUGUUUUACAUGAUUUUCAUAUAUAUAUAUAUAUAUAUAUAAA